UCACAACAUUCCGAUUUUUGCCGCGAAAAAAACCCCGAGCUGAAGUCAACACAGCGAGACUCAGUAAAGAUCUAGUUUAUGUGAUAUUCUGCCGGCUGUGUUUGUAUUUAACGGUGCCGGGAUGUUCUGUGAGAAAGCCGUCGAGUUAAUCAGAGAGCUUCACCGAAUGAGCGACGGACAGCUGCCCGCUUUUAACGAGGAUGGACUCCGGCAGGUUCUGCAGGAGAUGGAAGCUCUUUAUGAACAGAACCAGACUGAUGUUAACGAGGCGAAGGCCGACGGUCGAGCUGAGCUGAUUCCCUCCAUCAAACUGCGUCACUGCUGCCUGCUGAGGAACCAGCGCUGCCUCACCGCCUACCUCUACGACCGCCUGCUGAGGAUCAGAGCUCUGCGUUGGGAGUACGGCAGCGUGCUGCCCGCUAACGUCCGCUUCCACAUGUGUGCAGAGGAGGUGCAGUGGUUCAGUCAGUAUAAGAAGUCUCUGGCGUCCUUCAUGCGAUCUCUGGGGGGGGGCGAGGGUCUGGACAUCACUCAGGACAUGAAGCCUCCAAAGAGUCUUUACAUCGAGGUGAGAUGUUUAAAGGACCACGGAGAGUUUGAGAUCGACGAUGGAACUGUGAUCCUGCUGAAGAAGAACAGUCAGCACUUCCUGCCGCGGUGGAAAUGUGAGCAGCUGAUUCGUCAAGGCGUCCUGGAGCACGUCUUGUCCUGAGAGGACCGAGUGUUCUCAUUGACCGACAGCAGAGGAGGAUUCAUCCAAUGUUUUCUUUGGAAGCUCUAAAGUCCUGAUUCACAUCGUCCCCUGAUCGCAACAGACCGUUGAUUUAAAUUCUGAUGUAAAAAUAAAAUAUUUCUUUUCUUAAAUA